AUUACUUUCUAUUGACGUGAAAUUUCCCUUGAACCAUUCAUUUACGCCGCUCAUUAACCAAAUCCUAUCAACGAUUCACACCCACAAAUAUUCUGCCUAUAAGUUCGAUCAUGAAAGUCGUCGUCUCUCUCUUGAUAGGCGCCUUGAGUGCCGUUAGUGCUGCUGUUGCCAACGUGAAGGCCGUGGCCACGGAUGCCGUUGGUAGCCUUAAUGUUACCUCCAUUCUUCCCGAGGGAUACACUGCUAUUCCUUUUUCUAUGGACGUUUCUCUUGAGCCCGGCGGUGAGGUGAUGACUUUCAAUGGUACAGUCACGGAGAUCCUCGCUCAGGUCCAGAGCAUCAAGCCUGACUUCACCUGGGACAACUACGCAUCUGCCACACCUUCGACUGGAGUUUCUAAGUACAAGCGAACCAAGUCUAAGAUCCUUUGCAACAUCCCCAACCACGACCACGGACUACGAUAUGUUCUUUUGUCAGGUUAUGACUUUUUGAAGAAUAUUCACACCGAUUGCAAGAUCGAUGCAGGACCCAAGAAGUGCGCUAUGCUCUAUUGUAUGAUGGGCACAUCGAUUUGGAUGUGCAAUGACAACAGUACUCCCAUCAGCCGAGACUGCGCCUACAUCGCCACCUAUGUCUUAGAUAUCAUUGGCACCGAAAACUGUCAGUCUCGGGGCAGUAUGGGACCUACGACUUGGACUCAAGGACAGGAGUUCGAUACAGAGAACUUUAACGUUAUUGCUGGCGGCGGUGGCUGCUCGUAAUAGUCAUGACAGUUGGGCUGUGAUUACCGAAGCAGGUAGCCAACAACUUUGCCUUUACGAUAUUACCGCACUGAACUAAUGUUUUUGGUCUUCGUUGCUGAUGCUUUGAGUUGAGAUGGUAGUUGAACGACAAGGGGUUAAGUUACUGCGAGAGAAUCUAAAAGGAUCUCUCUUAUGUACACUUUUAGCUUUAGCUACUUUCGCCGGUUGAUUUCUACUUGAGCCUAUGUCCGCAAAAUAGAGACUUAUUGAGUAACAUGAAUCUCCC